AUGGAUAGUACUUCUUCCUCUCCCCCCCACGCCAAACAGACUCUAAAGCAGGCCUGCGACAACUGUCGCCGACGAAAGAUCAAAUGCAAUCGCGCCCAGCCCUGCGACAAGUGUCAACGCCUGCUCUUGUCCUGCUCUUACUGCGAUGUACUGCAAAGAAAGGGGCCCAAGUUUCGCACCUUGUACCCCCUCGCACCGCUGCAGUAUCCGACUACGGAUCAGGCCAACCCGUCCGAGUCGAUAGUUGCAGUGGAUGGAGGCUGGGCCGCUCCCAUCGUACCGUGGAAUAACAUCAGCAAUGGACAGUCAUAUGAGUCCUACUCGUCACCGGAUUCCAUGGACUCACAGUAUGAGCUUCCAAACCCUAGCAGCUGUCAUAUGUCUCUGCGUGCGCAGCAGCAGCCCGGGCGUCUUUCAUCCACGGCUCUGCUGGCUCACGUGAAUAUCUACCUGAAGUAUCUGUAUCCGAUUAUGCCGGUGCUCAACCCUGAGCAUGCGCUGAACGACAGCCAGGAUCCCGAAAGACUCGGUGCGGAGCGAUAUGCAUUCCUAACUGCGCUGUGCGCUGCGACCCAUGUGCAACUUCAAUUGGACGAGGUCAUUGACUCGGCUUUUUCCUCCUCCUCGCUAUCGUAUUCGGGGAUAGGGCUGCUGACUGAAGCCACGAAUGCAAGAGGGAAAUGUAAUAAUGUAUGCGAGCAUGUCUCCGUGCAGUCCCUGCUAACGUCGUUCUUCCUUUUUGCUGCUUGUGGGAAUCUGGACCAGCAUGAUCAGGCAUGGUUUUAUCUCAGUCAAGCUACGUCUAUGGCGCAUACGCUUGGCUUGCAUCGAGAGUCUACUUAUGCAGAGUUUGGGCCUGCUGAGGCCGAGGAACGGAGGAGGGUGUUUUGGCUGUUGUUUGUGACUGAACGGGCAUACGCCCUGCAACAAUCCAAACCCAUAAUGCUUCGAAACUCCAUCCGCAAACCCCAAAUCCUCCCCAUCGACGACCCAAUUAUGCAAUAUGCAUUCCACAACCUGAUCGACAUCUUCCAAAGACUCACAGCCGAGCUCUACGACUGGAUAGUAAUCGAAUGCGACGAGAACUUCGUAUCGUCAGCCAUGCCGCAGCGAAAUACUACCUUGAAAUUACGCGACAUUCACCAGCGGAGUCUCCUCCAUCACCAAAACGUUAGUAUACGCAGACCCGCCAUCCCGAUUGAGAGCGUCAUGGAGAUUCAGACGUUGGACGCCGCGGCUACGCAGCAGUGGCUGCGGGUUAUGCUUUGGAAGCUUUCGAUGAGCGACUUGUCGCAGCCCACGAGUACCGAUGCAUUGCUCCCCUUUCAUCUGCCUGUGCUGGUGGGGCAGCAGGAGCAAAAGCAAAGACUCUUUGCUGAAAUUUCUGACCUUAAAGUGCAGGAAUUCCUACUGGAUAUCCUUAAUAUCCUUAGUCGCAUUCGCCUUGGUGGUAUCGGGUGCUCUAUGUCCCUGGAACAAGCGCAGCAGAUUUGCGUCUCGUCGCCUUCGCCGCCUCUUUUGUCGUCGUCCAAUCAGUUCUUGUAG